UUGAUUUUGAAUUUUCGGUCUCCGCAUCCUUGGAUAUGUCGACCCAUUAUUUUGCCUAACACAAAUUCUUCCUUUGGAUUCCACGAUUCGGUUGAUGCUUUCCUUUUCCUUUGUCGUGGAGGGGUUGGUUCUUGAAGAUUUAUUCGGGCAGUUUGAUUUUUUUAUACGAAGUUGUCAUCCGACUCGGCGACGGUUUGUGUUUGUGGCUUUUGGGCCUUGAUGGGGUUGGGUUUGUAGAUAAUAAAGGGGAAAGCCGUGAAGAUGGUGAACAUGUUCCGGGUUACGUUUGACAUAGACAUAUGGUAAUAUUGUUUCGACACAUUGCACUAGUUUUAUUUAUUUAUUUAUUUAUUUAUUUAUUUUUGAAACGGCAAACUAUCCUACUCCUAAUCUAAUCCUAAACACCACCUAUGUCUCCUAGUGAGACUUGAACCCAUGACCUCUCAUUUGAGAGAGUCACUCCUUACCGUUAGGCCAAAGACCCUUUGGUACAUUGCACUAGUUAGUGUUCUUGAACUAGUAGUAAAAGAGUUCCUCCGACCAUAUUUUAGGGUGUGGGGUUGUUGGAAUACAUUUUAAUGCAAAUACGAAUGAAGGAGAGAAAAUAUAGAAGGUGAUGUGAAUUAAAGGUUAAAAAUAGUGGUAUCUAUAGAGCUGUAAAAUGGUUUAUAAUUUUUUUUUUAAAAAAAAAUUGCUGCGAGUACUAUAGGGCAAGGGAAAGUAAAUAAAAGAGAUAGUGUUCUCCUCGCACCAACCAUGUGGUGGUCCUUUACCUCCCUAUGGUGCCAGCUCACCCCAUUGCAUUGUUACGAUGAGGAUUGUCCGUCCCCUUGAGUUCGAUUGAUUUGCAAAUGAAAUAACAUGAUUUAUUUGAGUUAAAUGUUUUUUUUAAGUCCACCCAGCAUGGGACCUGUUAUAUGUAUAUAUUGAUUAGAUGUCGAUAUAUUGAGACAUGUAUGGUACGAAGUUUCAAGGUAAAUCACGUGUUUAUAUCUAUGUGGUAGACUGGUUGCAUUUCCUGUCCAUGAUCUCACUAUAAAUAUAUGUGGUAGCAUCGGGAUGAGACACAUACAAGAAAUUAAUUAAAACCUGAAUAAAUAUGGAGCCAAUAUUUUAUAUAUUUUUCUCAAUCAUUUUCGUGAUAUGGAUUACGAAAGUUGCCCUAGGGAAAAUAAGAAAUUUACCACCGAGCCCCUUCCCAUGUUUACCUAUCGUGGGUCAUCUUUACCUGCUGAGAAGCCGGCCGCUCUACCGAGCCUUAGGUAAACUCUCCGCCCACCAUGGUCCGAUGCUCAUGCUUCGCUUGGGCGCCCGCCGGGUUUUCUUAGUUUCGUCUCCGGAAGUGGUGGAGGAAUGCCUCACCACCAACGACCUUACUUUCGCCAACCGUCCCCGUCUGCUUGCCGGAAAACACCUUGGGUUGGACUACACCACCAUUAAUUGGUCAAGCCAUAAUGAUAACUGGCGUAGCCUCCGCCGCGUGGUCAGCCAUGAGCUUUUGUCAUCUUGCCAGGUACGAACCCUUAGCGCCAUUCGUGCAGAAGUGGUGCACCACCUGGUUAAGAAUGUCAUGUACCCUAGAGUAGUAAGGGACGGGAUGAUGGAGAUGAAGUCGGUGUUAUUUGAGGUGGUGCUGAAUGUGGUGAUGAUGACGAUUGCCGGGAGGAGGUGUGAUGUUGAAGGGGGAGAGGCUGGGCGGUUUAUGGAGCUUGUCCAGGAGUUGUUUAUUGUGAUGGGGGCGACCCAUGUGUCCGACUAUUUGCCAUGGUGGAAGUGGGUGGGAGGGAAACACUUAGAGAAGGAAAUGGUGACAUUAAAUGAAAAGUGGCAUGCGUUAAUGCAAGAUUUUAUAGAAGAGCAGAGAAGAAAAACCGUGGUGGAGGCGGAGGGUGGUAGCUCCGAUGAAAAGAAAAAUUUGAUUGAAUUUCUACUGAUGUCGCAACAAAAAGAACCUGAAAAUCACAGCGAUGAAGUUAUCAAGGGAUUAUUGCAGGUACUAAUAUCAGCAGGAAGCAAUACAUCGAGUGUAACAAUGGAAUGGAUGUUAUCGCUUUUGUUAAAUAAUCCUGAAGCUCUAAAGAAAGUGCAGACUGAGAUUGACAAUUGUGUUGGGGAAGAUCGUCUAGUUAACGAAUCAGAUUUGACCAACCUUCCUUAUCUUCGUUGUAUAAUAAACGAGACUAUGCGUAUAUACCCUGCUGCUCCACUCUUGUUACAUGAGUCUGCAAAGGAUUGUAUGGUGGGAGGUUACCACAUCCCAAGUGGUACAAUGCUACUGAUGAACGUGUGGGCGAUACAAAAUGAUCCAAAGAACUGGAAAGACCCUACAAUGUUUAAGCCAGAAAGAUUUCUAGGGUUAAAAGGUUCGGGAAAUGGGUAUACCUAUAAGCUAAUGCCAUUUGGGACCGGAAGGAGGAGGUGUCCAGGAGAAAACUUGGGAAUGCGUAUGAUCGGGUUGACAAUGGCUACGCUUAUUCAAUGCUUCGAGUGGGAAAGACCGAGUAACGAGAUGAUUGACAUGACCGCAGGAGUAGGAUUGAUCGCACCAAAAGCUAAACCCUUGGUGGCGAAAUGUCAGUCCCGUGGAGUGAUGGCCAAACUGCUAUCUCAGAUGUGAAGAUAUCAAUAUUGAGUGUCAUUAUAAAUGGAUAUAUUUUAAUUGCCUAAGAAGGUAUUAAUUGAAAGAGUCAAAUUAAGAGUGCAACAGGUAGGGUGGAGGUACCUGGUUGAAAUGUAUUUUGUAGGUCAUUUUAAUCUAUUCUUCUUAAUUAUUAAGCAAUCUAGUUGUUUUGUGGCUAUCUUAGUAGCUUAAAUUUAAUCGUUAUUGUUUCUUUUGUAAGCUAUUUAAGCAUUGUUUCAUAUUAAAUAAGAUGUGGCAACCAAAAGCGU